CUUUACACUCCAAAAUAGCAGCAGAAACUAUAGGUUAAUGCGUGAAUGGAUUGUUCGUCGAUUGUUUACUGUUACUAUUUAAUUAAAACAUUUGAAACAAAUUAUUGGAAUUUUAUUUUUAUUAAAAAAAAAAAUAGUGAAGUGAUAAAAUGGGGAAGACACGCACUGGAAAUGUGGCAAUUGGCCUUACAAUGAUUGGAUUUAUUUUUGUACUCAUUGCUUUCACCACACCCAACUGGCUACAAACAGACGGGAAAUUAACUAGUCCCAAGUUUCGAAAAAUUGGUCUUUGGCAAGUAUGUUUCGAAGAUUUUACAGAUACUCAACAUUUGUACGAUACAAAAUUUAAUAAUUGUUGGUGGGUCUUUGAAGAGGAAUACUACAUUUUACACGAUCUUUUAUUACCAACAUUCUUUGUGGCCACACAAUUUAUGUUCACAAUGUGUUUUACGUUAAUUUUAAUUGGAAUUUUCUUGACGGCAUUGUACGGAUGUUGUUCACGGCAACAACAAAAAUUCCAAUUGCUUUUAUGGACAAACGGAACAAUAUUGACUUUAUCUGGUCUUGCUGGAAUUAUAGCGGUAUUAAUUUUUGGAUGUCGUGGCGAUUAUCGUGAUUGGAUGCCAAAUUGGCAGCACAAUGAUAUUGGUUGGUCAUAUGCAGUGGGAGUGGUUGGAAGUUUUACUGUACUAACUGCGGGAAUUCUAUUUCUUGUUGAGGGUCGACGACAUAUGAAAAAAUUCGAAAGAAUGUACAAUGAAGAUCAAAAGACACACACAACAAUUUAAUUAUAAUCGAAAUUUUUUUUUUAUUAUUUAUGAAAGCCAUCUAAAAGAGGUGGAAUUUUUUUACCAUCACUUUUCAGUGUUAAUUUUUUUAAAAAAAUUUGUAUUACUUUAAAUUAAGGCUUGAAAUUAUUAUACAUAUUAUAUUUUAACAAUUUUUUUUUAAACAUGUUUAAAAAACAUGAUUCAGUUUGAUAAAAAAAAAGUUGAAUAAUUCAAUUGAAUUUUGGAAUAUUUAUAUAAAUAAUAUUUUUAACGAGCUUCCAAAUAUUUAUUUUUCCAAAUGAAAAUAUAAAAAUAUUUUUAAAAAAAAACUAUAAUUUUUUCAAGCUUUGAUGAAAUUUAGAAAAAUUCUAAUUUACAAACUAUUGUUUGUAUAGAGAAACGUUGCAUUUUUUUUUUAUUUAAAAAAAAUCCUAAUGAAAUUUUUAUAAUCAUUUAAUAUGAUUAAAAAGCACAAAUAAUUUUUAUUUGAUAAAAAUUCUAAACUAAUUUUUAAAAUAAAAUUAGAUCUGAUUUGUCAAUAAUAUUCGUUUCAUUUUCUAGAAAUCUUAUUAAAAACAAUUGAUAAUUUUGUUAAUGAAAUAUCUAACAAAAUGAAAUAAAUACUCUCUCUAUAGUACAAGAAAAGAUUUCAAAUUAAAUAUUAAAAUUAUUUCAUAUAUAUAUAUAUAAACUUUGCACUCUCAAUAUUGUAAGAAAUGAUAGUGUUUUUAUUGUACUUGUCCUGAUCUGCAUAGACUUUAAAUCGAACAAUUAUGGCAUAUAAUUUAUAAUGAAAUAAUAAUGAAAAUGUAAUUUUUAAAGUUGUUAUAAUCGAUUUAAAAAAAAAGAAUGCCUGAUAUGAAUGUAAUCCGUCCAGUUUAGAUAGUGUUUAUAUAGUUUACAAAGCAUGAAUUUACAGAAAACAAAUAUAUAUGUAAAUAUAAUUUAGCCUUGUAAGUGAAGUGCCUUUUUUAAGUAUUGAUGAUGUACAUUUUUAAAUAAAUUGUUUAUUAAAUAUUAUUAUUUAACGUUCUGUUAAAUAUUAACAUUUAGUAAAUAAAAAUAAA